AUGGACAACAUGGCCGAGUACAACAGCGCGGUCGACCCGAAGAUACCGGUGCUGAAGGGCGAGACGUUGAAGGAUUUCACCAGAUACAAGAGGGCUGUUCAGGCGGCGGAGCUGAGCUGCGAGAGUAAGGAGUCGAAGCAGGCGCUCGGUCCGAAGCUGUAUAGGAACCUGCUGGGCGCAGACAACUCCAUAAGCGUAUUGAUCGAACAGACGAACCCAAAGGACUACGCGACGGAGGAUGGCGCCCAGAUAUUAUUACGAUUCCUCGAGGAGCAGCGCUUCGCCAAGAGCAGCUUCAGGGAGCUGCCGAAGGCGUUCGACGCCUUCUUCGACCAGACGCACUUCGAGAAGAAGGGCGAAGAGCCGAUGGCGGCGUUUUGCACAGCGAUGGAGGCGGCGAAGUGCAAUCUCGAGGAAGUGGACCCAGAUACGAAGAUCAGUGCGUACGAACUAGGGAACCACACGCUGAAGAGAAGCGGAUUGGACAAGGACGAGCGCAAUCUAGUGAUAGCACGGGCAGAUGAGACCUUCAACUUCCAGAAGAUUACCACGACGCUGAAGAACCUCUUCCCACGAGGCGGAGGCCGGCACCGGGAUCGACAGGGAGCGAGAACGAGCUGGCAAUGGGCGAACUACAAUGACGGCGAGCGCGACCCGGAGGAUGAGGACCAGAACGUCGAGCACGACGGGUACUGGGUCCAGGACGACGACGGCUACUGGUACGAGUGGGACGAAGAGCACGGUGUCUACGCGUUCGCGGAGGACGACGACAACUGGGACCGCAGUGACAUGUUCUACAUCGAGGACGACACCGACGUCUACCUCGCGAGCGAGGACGACGAGUACCAGCAGGCCCUCGUCACCCUGCGCGAGAGCAGGCUGAAGAUGAACAAGAUCCGGGCGGCUCGAGGUUCCUUCAAGGGACGAAUCGAUGGAGUAGUGGACGAGAGUGCGGCGGCCGGUGGCAAGGCGGCCGGGGAAGGAAGCAAGGGCGGCGAGGGCAAGGACGGCGGCAAAGGUAAGUCCAAAGACAAGAGGUGCACCUUCUGCGGAAGAAUGGACCACGCCGCACCGGGCUGCCCGACGCCGCGACCUCCGCGGCCGGCAGGCAAGGGCUUCAAGGGCCGCGGCAAGACCUCGAAGGCUCAAUCACGUUCACGACGGCUUGGUUUCUGGGCGAUGACCACCCUGGUGUGUGUCAUGCCAGACAUGUUCCACCAGAAGGGCGCCCAGGACCCGGAGUCUGCGACGGAGAAGUUCCAGGAGCCAGCCGAGCACGACAUCAUGGUGGUCAAUGUGGAGAGCGACCCGAUCUUACCUGAAGUACCAGAAGUGGACGCGAUGAUCUCGAGCGCGAUCGUGCCAGCCACCCUGGUGGACAGCGGCGCCUCCGCGGCGGUGGCAGGGCGCGGCUGGCUGGAUAAGAUCGCCGCGGAGCUCGAGAAGCAUGGUCUGAGGCACAUCAUCGUCGAGGCGAGCCAGAAGUUCAAGGGGCUUGGCGGCGCACGACGCGAGGCGAAGCAGAAGUGGAUCAUCCCGAUCGGCAUUGGCAAGAAGCAUGUCUUGCAAGAGUAUUUCGAGAUCCCUGGCGACAUGAUCGGCCUGACGAGCAAGAAGAACCUGGCGGACUGGAAGACGAACCUGUACCUGCGCGAGGAGCUCGUGAAGCUUCCCGGCGGCCACGCGGGCAUCGACAUCUUCGACUGCGACUUGGAGUCGUACGAGGCGGAGCCCCUCCUCGAGAAGUUCCGCAUCCACGUCGAGAAAGUCGAGCCGGAGGUUUUCCUGGUCGCGGAGACGCUGCAGGUGUCCAAGCCAGACUUCAGGUUCCAGGACGACGCCGAUCGGUGGGUCCAGGAUGCAACGAAAAACGGUAACAAGGGGGUCUUCAAGAAGGGUACGCUCAAGCGGAUCGACAAGCUUAUGAAGGAGUAUGCGGUUAUAUUCGAUGUACUGCGGGACAACAACGAGACGUUUCUCUGGGAGUUGUUCGCGAAGGAGGCUCGCUUUACUCAUGUAGCUUCGAGGAGUGGUCACGCGAAUGCGACCCCCUCGGACCUAUCAGUUGGCGUGAACUUUAACGACCCUCGGACGCGAUCAGGUUUCUUGAUUUUGAUUAGGACCUUCAAGCCCUGGAUGGUUUCGGUCGCAUUCCCGUGCUUCGCUCGCACGAACAUGCAAGAGUUACAGCGUGCCCAGGGUAUGGGCGACAAGGUGGACGACCUCGUCCAGGAGUCUCGGCCACUGAUCGACUUUUCGGCGGAGGUGCUCAAGAUUCAGGCGGUCGCGCAACGCCAGUGCAUGCACGGGCUCGUGGACAACUACGGCGACCCGAUUCGCAAGCCGACGUGCAUGAUGGUGCCCAACGGCUCGUGUUUCUCUGGGUGGCUCGAGCGCGGGUGCGACGGGGGCCACCAGCGCGCCGACAUGGUCGGGCGGAGUACGGCACUGGCGCAAGUGGGCGCCUGGCCAGACGACUUGGGCAAGGAGAUGGGCAUCGGCAACGGCGCGGCGAGGUCCCCGAGCAAGCAGGUCGUGAAUGCAGUGGCCAAGGCGUUCACGCCGAGGAAAGAUCUGAUCGACGUGCGCGCGUUGACGGGUGACGAGGAGGUUCCGCCACCUCGCGGGGCAGUGCGGCGACUCUGCGCGAUGUACUCCAGCGAGGGCGCACUAGCGGACUACAGCGACGCCUACGCGGGCGACCCGGGCUUCGGGACGAUCAAGCUGGUCAAGCGGUUCCCCACCGACACGGCGAUCGCAGUUUACGUGAAGGAGCCGAAGGUGCAGACGUCCUUCCCUGCGACGGUGCACAUCUACGGGAGCAAGCCCAAGACCUCUGCUCCAGAUGAUCGUGAAGCUGACACGGCACAUCGAGACCUACAACAUGAGGGUGAGAGUUUCGGGGAUAAGCCUUCGGACAUCACCACGGCCCAGUGGGGCGCUCUCAACAAGCUCCACCUCAACCUGAGCCACCCCUCUGCUCACGCACUGAAGCGUCGGCUGAAGUCCUACGGAGCGUCGCAGCAAGUGCUGGAUGCGGUUGACAGGCUGGACUGCGGCGUGUGCAAGGAGCUCGGCAGGCCGACUACGGUGGGGAGCUCUAACCUGAAGCUCUCGACGGAAUUCAAUGAGAACGUGUUCCUAGACGAAGCCGAGGUGAUUCUAGCAGACGGGACCCGACUGAUGGUCAUGGUGAUUCUGGACGACGCGUCGGGCUUCCAGGUGAUCAUCCCUACUACUGCAGUGAGGCCCAUCACAGGUGAAGAGAGCCUGCGAUGCCUUUCGCAAGGCUGGCUAUCGUGGGCUGGACCACCCAAGGUGCUGUACUACGACGCGGCCAAGGGUCACAUCGCGAAGCGGUUCGCAGAGAUCGGAGAGAAGUAUAUUAUCCUGAUGAGGCCGGUCCCAGCCGAGGCGCCCCAGCUCAAGGGUCGAGUGGAGCGCGCGAUCGACUUCUUCAAGGACCACUUCCAGCGCCUGAGCCGCGACGUGCAGCUCACUAAGGACGACGAUCCGCAUGUGUGGACAUCGGUGAUAGCGAGCACGUGCAAAAACCGCAUUCGGCGGAACGGCUUCACCCCCUACCAAUACGUGCUGGGCAGGUCGCCUGGCAUCCCGGCCUCGCUGAUCGAGGCGAUGGAGGGCGACCAGAGGCAGCUGGCAUCACUGAGCGCGGCUCUCUUCGAGGAGGGCCCGAGGAGAGCAGAGCAGAUGCGUGCGGCGGCGAACCGGGCGUUCUUCGAGCUGGACAGCGAUGACGCCGUCAGGAGGGCCAUGGUUGGCCGAGUUCGUCCACCGUGUGGACCAUUCGUGCCGGGCCAGCUGGUGUUCGACUGGCGCGAGGUGAAGCACGUGAAGUCGAAGAGGCUCCAGGGCGAGCACGGUUGGCGUGGGCCAGAGAUCGUGCUGGCGACCGAAGGCCGCACGAGGCUGCACCUCAGCUACCGCGGGGCGGAGAUGGUGGAGAACGAGGACUUGGUCAGGCAGCUGUCUCACUGGCGUGGUGGACCUACGCUACAGAAGGGGUUCAUCGAUGAGCGUGGACCUGGGCCAGAUGGGAGCGACAAGACGGGCGUGCGCCGCGAGAGGGACGAGAAGGACUCGGACCACGAGGACGGCGUGAGAACGUACCUGCACCUGGAGACCUACCUGAAGUACCACCACCGGAAGGAGGACCGUCUCCUCCAGAGCAAGCUACAGCCCCACCUGCUGCGGCAGCUGGGCAGGGGCACUCCAUGGGCCUGGACGCGGUGGCUGCGCCAGGUAUUCCGCAUCAACAGCAACCAGAGCGAGCUGAGCAACCAGAACCUGCACCACGACUCAGCUACAAGCGAACGCUUCCCGACGACCAGGAGGCAGAUCGCGAACGCCUACGACUACGACGCGAGGACCGAGACGACGAAGAAGCAGGUCACUCCCAAGAAGGGUAGGGAGAUCCGCAGCAUUCCCCAGGAGUGGAAGGCGGCUUUCGACGCGAGCGACCUGGAGGAGCGGCGCAAGUGGGUCGAGCACGACGCAGUGGACUGGCCGACCGAGGAGGAGCUCGCGGGGGUGGACAAGACGGCGAUCCUGCCCAUGAGGCGCGCUCGCACGGACAAGAACGAGGCGACGAGGGGCAACCUGUCGCACGAGCAGCACCCGCUCAAGGCGAAGUCCCGGAACAUCGUUCCAGGAUACAGGGACAAGCAGCUGCUGGCUGGCGAGUUGCAGACCAACGCCCUCGCUCUGACGGACACGGCCACGGCGGUGAUCCCUCAGGAGGCUGCUGGCCAGUUGGGCUGGAGGCUGGAACAGGGCGACGUCGACUCGGCAUUUCUGAACGGGAAGUACCUCGACAGCUCUCGAGCGUCGAGAUCGAAGUUGCGCCCGGCUCUCUUCAUCUUCCACGACGAGAAUGAGAAGCUGAUCGGCCUGAUCGGGACGCACGUGGACGACGACUUGGUAGCGGGCUCGCCCGAGUUCUUCGCUAACCAGGUGACCAAGCUGAGGAAGAUGCACUGCUACGGCAAGUGGCAGACGGCGAAGACCGGUUUCCACCACUGCGGGAGAUUUCUCUUGCAGAGAGAUGAUGGCACCAUCACCUGCAGCCAGAGGGAGUACACCGAGAGCAUCGAGAAUAUUCCGAUCUCAAACGAGCGUCGCAAGGACAAGGAAGCGAAGGCUACACCCGAGGAAAGGGCGAUGCUCCACAGCGGCAACGGCCAGAUUCAGUGGCUGGUGCGAUCUACCCGUAUGGACUUGGCAUUCCGACAGGUGGAGAGUCAAGCGAGGGCCCACGACAGCGACCUGAAGGUUCAGGAUCUGCUGGACUUCAACAAGCUGGUGAGCGAUGCCAAGGCGGACCACGUGGACAUCCUUUUCCAGAAGAUCAACAUAGACGACGCGAUCGUGGUGGCGGUUGGAGACUCGAGCCACGGCAACGUGGGCAAGACGAAGACCGCGAGUCAGGCGGGCCUGGUCAUCCUGCUAGCAGACAACAAGGACGAUCAGUUCCUCCGCGGGAUGCCUGCCAAGGUCACUCCCAUGUUGUGGCGGUCGCACCGUAUCAAGCGGGUGGUGCGCAGUACCCUGGCGGCCGAGACGAUGGCGGCGCUGGAGGCGGUCGAGAGUGGCGACAUGCUGAGGCAGCACCUGGUGGAGCUGCACUAUGGACUCGGCUACCGGACCCACCUGGACGACGUGAAGGCGAUCAAGAUGGUGGAAGUCGCGGACUGUAAGUCACUGUACGACCUGCUCCAGAAGCGAGGGGCGGUGCCCUCCGAGAAGCGGCUGCUGAUCGAUAUCGAAUCGCUCAGGAACGACCUGGAGUUCAACAACGUGGUGAGCAAGUGGGUGAGCACGAAGCAGAUGCUCGCCGACUGCCUAACCAAGCACGACGUCCGCGCUGGCGACUACAUGAGGUAUGUGCUCCAGACCGGCGAGUGCCGGCUGACGGAGGAUCUCAUGGCGGACCAGGUCAUCGCCAAGCAGAGGAUGGAGCUCAAGGGACGCAGGGGUGAUUACUACCGCUCGAAGUAUCCCAAGAGGCAGCGGCCUGCUGACCAGCUCUUCGUUCACGAGGGCUACACCUACUUCGAGGAGUGCAUAGCGGAUGUGAGGUGCAAUGCGCGUGUGGCUCAGCCUGCUCCGAGGCCAUACCUCCGUUGGCGGAUGAUGCUUGGACAGCGCGAGGGCGACAUCUACUGCAAGAAGUUUGACGACAUGGUUGGCUGGUCUGAAUUAGACCAGGUGUCAAAGCGUCGGAGGAUCCAGACCCAGGUGCGGAAACUGCUGACGAUCUACGCACCGACUCAGGCGGCCCUCGAGCGCUACGAGAAGGACUUCACGGAGAAGCACACCAUCAAGAAGCCGAAGGUGACGACCGACGGCGACCCCAAGGAGGAACCAGGUGUCACCGAGGAGCUUGGUGUGCACGUCGAGUCAGACGGGAACGUGAAGGAGGAGAGCACCGACGUUGCGGAGAUCUACAUGAUGGACGCUGCGGGUGCCGAGUCUGAGGAGAUCAAGUCAGGCGCCGCUGCAGCGGCAACGGUGACGGUGCGCGCGUU